UCACCCGGAGCGCCGUGAUGGUCACUGCAGUCGACUCGGGUCUUGUCUGUGUCAUUCGUAGCCUACAAAGCAAAGACACAAGAGUUCACAAUGGCAUUCGGAGGUGUACUAGUUGAGGCUAACAUCACUGCAGCCCUGGAUGCGUGCAAAGACGGCGGCACAUUCGACCACAAGAAGUUCUUCAAGUCCUGCGGCCUUCAUGACAAGUCCGCAGAUGACAUCAAGAAGGCCUUCGCCAUCAUUGACCAGGACAAGAGCGGUUUCAUUGAGGAGGACGAGCUUAAGCUGUUCCUCCAGAACUUCAAGUCAGGUGCACGCGUCCUGAACGACGCCGAGACCAAGGCUUUCCUCGGUGCCGGUGACACCGACGGUGACGGCAAGAUUGGCGCUGAUGAGUUCGUUGUCUUGGUUAAGACAAAUAAUGGUGCCAAGUGAUGGAUGGAACAACAAUGACCACAGCGAACUCCAUCACGUCACCCUAAUUUUUAUACAUUUGCUUAAGAGACGUUUUCUUCUAUGCAACACCUGUCCAAAAUGAUGAAAAUGCCGCUCGGUUGUGCUCAUGUCUUAAAUACGAAUUUUGCUUAUUGUAAAAUCUUUGAUGAUGCUCUUUCCAGGAACGAUCGAUCAAAAAGAAUAAAUAUUCUUUUGCUACGGUG